GCAUCAGAUAUUGACAUGUGAUCUACAUCUAGGUGGGCACCUAAGAUAUUUCAACACCUUCACCUUCGAAAUUAGUAUUUUAAGAGGAAUAUACCUCAUUUGAUUCCAAUUAACAAAUAUUCAGAUCAUAUAAUAGUUUCAGAACAUCGUCUCUUUGUUCCCCAUCCCCCACCACUCUCAUCAUCCACCACCACCACCUCUAAACCACCUCCCCGAAUUCAAAAUUAACCCAAAUGAUCCGCCUAACAUCUCUCCUCCUCUUCUUCUCUCUCCUCCCUCUGCUCCUCAACUUAUCAUUCAGCUCCCAUGUCUCAAUCUCUCUCUCCCCAGAAACUCUAUGCAAAUCCGGCGACCAGGUAACGAUCCGAUGGUCUGGCGUUGAGUCACCCUCCAAACGCGAUUGGGUCGGCAUAUAUUCACCACCGACCUCGGCUCACAGCCACUUCAUCGGCUAUUUCUUCCUCUCCGACUCGCCGGAAUGGCAAUCCGGGUCGGGUUCCCUCACCUUCGCACUAAUCAACCUCCGAUCAAACUACACUUUCCGGAUCUUUCGAUGGACCGAUGCCGAGGUCGAUCCGUCCCGCCACGACCACGAUCAGAACCCAUUGCCGGGGACGAAACAACUGCUGGCUGAAUCAAACGAAUUGGGUUUCGGAUAUGUUGGGCCCGAGCAGGUCCAUCUGGCGUUGACGGGUCAGGAAGAUGAGAUGAGAGUCAUGUAUUUGACCCAUGAUGGGAAAGAGAGCUUUGUGAAAUAUGGGUUGGGUCCUGAUCAGAUGGAUCGGGUUGUGGCUACACAGGUGGGUCGCUAUGAGAGAGAGGACAUGUGUGACUCACCAGCCAAUCACAGUGUUGGAUGGAGAGAUCCUGGGUACAUACACGAUGGAAUCAUGACCAAUUUGAAGAAAGGAAAGAGAUAUUAUUACAAGGCUGGAAGUGAUUCUGGGGGUUGGAGUGUCACUUACAGCUUCAUGUCACAUGAUGGGGACUCAGACGAAACAGUAGCUUUCUUAUUUGGAGACAUGGGUACUGCAACACCAUACAACACCUUUGUCCGUACUCAACCGGAAAGCAUAUCAACCAUGAAGUGGAUCAGUCGGGAUAUUGAAGCUCUCGGUGACAAGCCUGCCCUUAUCUCACAUAUUGGUGAUAUCAGCUAUGCAAGAGGCUACUCAUGGUUGUGGGACAACUUUUUUGCUCAGAUUGAACCUGUUGCCUCCAAGGUUCCCUACCACGUGUGUAUCGGUAAUCAUGAAUAUGACUGGCCAUUACAGCCAUGGAAACCUGAAUGGUCCUACUCAGUGUAUGGGACAGAUGGGGGUGGUGAAUGUGGAGUACCAUAUGGUCUCCGGUUCAACAUGCCUGGUAGUUCUUCAGAACCAACUGGAACACAUGCCCCAGCCACUCGAAACCUUUACUACUCAUUUGAUGUGGGGGUGGUGCAUUUUGUUUAUAUAUCAACUGAAACCAAUUUCCUUCCGGAGAGCAGCCAGUAUAACUUCAUAAAAAAUGAUUUAGAAUCAGUUGAUAGAGCAAAGACCCCUUUUGUGGUCGUCCAAGGACACAGGCCAAUGUACACAACGAGCAAUGAACUUAGAGAUGCCCCAUUGAGGAACAGAAUGCUCAAGCACCUAGAACCACUUUUGGUGAAGAACAAGGUGACCCUUGCAUUGUGGGGUCAUGUUCACAGGUAUGAGAGGUUUUGUCCACUAAGCAACUUCACGUGUGGAAGCUUGGGCCUCGGUGGAGAGGACUGGAAGGCAUUCCCUGUGCAUGUUGUGAUUGGAAUGGGAGGACAAGAUUGGCAACCUAUCUGGGAACCCAGACCAGACCACCCUGACGUCCCAAUAUUCCCACAGCCUCUGCGGUCUUUGUACCGUGGGGGUGAGUUUGGAUACACUAGACUUGUUGCUUCAAAGGAGAAACUUACACUUUCUUAUGUAGGAAACCAUGAUGGCGAGGUGCAUGAUAUGGUUGAGAUUUUGGCGUCAGGUCAAGUUCUCAAUGGUGGUGGAAGUAGUAGUGCUGGUGGUGGCUCUAAGCCCAUGGGUGAGAAGGAGUCGAGACUUUCAUGGUUUGUUAAGGGUGCCGCCAUCCUAGUGCUUGGAGCUUUCAUUGGAUAUGUUCUUGGGUUCGUAUCACGUGCUAGGAGAGAUACUGCCGCUGGUAAGAAUUGGACCCCUGUGAAGAAUGAAGAAAUUUGAACUGUCGAUCAUGUAUUCAGUAUAUAAGCUUGCAGCAAUUGCUUGAAAUUGCUACAACUGUUUGUACAUUGAGAGCAAGCCUUACUGUUGCCAACCCCAUCGUGAAGUAUGAAAGGAUUCAACUUUGACAGAGCUGCGGAGUUGGGAUUAGACUAUGUUUUGCCUUACUUACUGUACUUCAUUUCUGGUCCUCUCUAAAUAUAUUUGUAAAUAGGAUUGUUAUCAUGCAUUUCUGUAAAAUAAAUACGGUAUGGCACCAUGGCGGGUUUCAUUUUUCACGGAACUUGAGUGGUUUUGAGCUAUAAGACCACUGUUCAUUUUGAUGAUUAGUCUAAUUUUUCUGAAAUUGAGUUUUUUUU